AUGUCUCAAGAAGUCAAAGCUCCUGAAAAAUCCUCACCUGAGGUUGGAACUAUGCAGAAAGGAGAUUAUAUGAUCCAUGUCUAUAUCUAGGAGGGAAAAGAGUUCAAAGGGGAAAAAGCUGAUACUGUUUCACCAAUGAUUCAAGUUGCUUGUGGAGGGAAAAAUAAGUACUCUACUUGCAAGAAAGAUGUAGGACCUGCAAGUAGUGUCUACUGGGGGGAACACAUAUUCUUUGAGAUGACUAAUGUCGUAAAUAAAAGUUUAAGAUCUUAUGAUUUCGAUGUUACUUACGUAUAUUUCUAGCAAAAUCACACUCUAUAUAAUCAAUGGAUAGCCCUUUCUAACCCAGAAGGAAAAGAUUUCAAUGAGAUUACUUGCUAUGUUAAAUUAGCCAUUAGCAUCGCAGGUCCAGGUGAUGAGCAGGUGCAAUUGAAUGACUAGACUGAAUUGAAAUAAGAGGAUCAAGAAGUUAUGAUGCCACCAUAAAUCAGAAAAGAAUAUAAACAACUCAUUAUUAGAUUUAUAAAGGGUGAGAAAUUCCCAAAGAUGGACACUCUUGGUACUAUUGAUGCUUAUAUCUACACUGUUUACUUUAAAAAGAAACUAAAAACUAAAGCUGUAACUUAGACUAAAAGUCAAGAAUGUUUCUUAGAAUAAGAAUUUUAUUUGCCUAUUUAAUGGCCUUUAGCCUCUGAUAGACUGGUACUCAGUGUUUAUGAUGAAGACAAUGUCUCAGAUGAAAUCGUAGGCUCAAUGAAUUUCAGUCUUAAAUAACUCAUCAAAUCGUCAUCUGGUCCAGAAGGUAGAUUGACCUGGCUUAAUUUAUAUGGAUCUCCCUUAGGAUGUAGUGGUGAGAAUACUAAUAAAAUGAAUGAAUAUCCAGAAUUAGCCUCUACUUGGAAAGGUAGAAUUCUGAUGCACAUUGUUGCAAAUGAUACAAAAAACCCAGAAAUGAAGGUUCAACCUUUGCUUCCUGAGCUAAAAAAUAAGUAUGUGGAUUUGGGAGCUUUCAAUCAAUAAGAAUAUGAACUAUUGGUAGAAUUCGGGAGCGGAAUAAGUCUUCCAGGAAACAAAAAGUACAAAAUGAGAGUGCAAAUCAAUGACUUUUUCUAUGAUUCUAAAGUUGCCAUUGAAGCUAAAGGAAAUUAUAAUAGAUGGAGUGAUAGAUCACCAGUCACACCAUUCAAAGGACCAUAUAAGUCAAUUGAGGAAUUAGGUAAAGUUUAUUUCUACUUAAUGGAUGGAGAUGAUCCAAUUUGUUUCUGGGCAGGCCAAGCGUCUGAAUUUACUAAUCCUAAUGCACCUCAUAAAUGGCUACCUUUAUAAUGUGAUUUAGCCAAAGGGAAAGUUAAAAAUUCCUGGGAAGCUGGCCUAAUUUCAGUUAAGCUCUCUAUUAACCACAAAUCAAAGAAUGGCGCUGUCAAUUUCGCUUAGAAUGAAGCUUGGAAAAAACCUCCUCCUAAGAGAUUGAGUUCAUGGAAGGUUAGAUGCUUCAUUUUCUAGUGCAAAGAUAUUCCUUCAGCUGAUAGUGAUGGGGCCUCAGAUCCAUACAUUACAAUUUGGAACCCUGACAACAAAGUAGUAAAGACGCAGACUAUUGAUGAUAAUAUCAAUCCCAUAUUCUUUGAGGCACUAGAAAUUUAUUAUGAUUUUGAUAAGCUUGAAACUGCUCCACCAGUUGUCCUUAAUAUAUGGGAUGCUGAUGACCUACUUGACGCUGAUGAUUACCUUGGGAGAUGUGUGGUGUAUCUUAAAGAUGCUUCGAUUACAGAGACUGAUAAGAUUCCAGAACCUAAAUGGCAUGAUAUUAGAAUUGGCUUCUCUGAGAGUGAGCCAGCCUGUGGUCAAAUGCUUGUUUCAUUUGCAGUAGUAAAUGAUGAUUUCACUUUUAAAACACCGAUUUCCUACUUAAAACUGACUGAUGAAAUUGAAUACAAAGACUUCAAUUGUGAGAUUAAUGUUUUAGGACUUAGAGGAUUAUAAUCUUUUGGUCUGAUGCCAGUCAAAAAGCCAUUCAUUAAAUUCAAUCUCAGAAGUUUACUCCCUCCCGAGAAAGCAUAAGCUGUUACAAAUAUUAAGACUCAGCCAAAUGCUACAGGAUCAAAUCCUAAUAUAAAUACUAUGAUCAGCUUCUAAAUUGAUCUUCCAGUAAAUCCUCUAUUUUGCCCUAAACUUCAAUGUGAUGUCUACGAUUAUGUAUACAAAGGACUUGUACAGCCUUUAUUAGGAACAUUCACACUUUCAAUUGGAGAUAUCAUGCAUCAAAUUAAUAAAGAAAGAUAACAGGAUAUUGAAGAAAGCGAAAAUAUUGUUGUGUAUCUCAAGGAUUUUAUAGAUAAAAUGGGGAAAUAAUAGAUUCUAGCAAUCUAAGAGGAUUAAGAUCCAAAUAUGUCUUUUAUCGAUAGAAAAGUUGAAGGUUUGAACAAGCUAGGAGAAGAUAGACUACAAACAGAUAAUGCCUCUGGGGAAGAAAAGCAAAGACUUUUAAAAGAUCCUUUAUAAAAACCUAUAACUUUUAGAGAAUCUGUUAUAAGUUCUUCUGGUGGACCAGAUGAAGAGGAAAAGAAGACAUUGCUUGAUCAAACAGAAGCAGAAGAGCCAGAGAGAUCGAAAUCUAGAUCGAGGUCAAAAUCUCCAAUGGAUAUCACUCCUGACAGAGUAAGGAGAAGAGCUGCCCCAUCAAUUUUCAAAAAAGGUGCUGAUAACAAAGUACUUAAUGGCAUGGAAUUAGGAGUAAGUCUCAAAGUAAUGAUUGAGAAGCAAAAGAACAAAGAUGAAGAGUUCAAGAAACUGCAAGAAGAUAGAUAAAAUGAUCUAAUUAUGCUGAAGAAAGCUGGAGAUGCUCAUAAAAAUGUCAUAUUUCCAAAGUAUGUCUAUGAGGAAAGAAUAAAGAAGAAGGUAGAAGCGUAACCCAAGCCCCCUAAUACAAUUUACUAUGAAGUUGGAUAUGAUAAAGAAGCACCUGAAACUGAAGAAAAAUAAUAGAAACAUUACAGAAGAUACUAUUCAGAUGAACUUGAGAAUAUAAAGGCCAUAUUUCCAAGAUAAACUUUUAAUCAAGCUGAUGUCAUUAGAGGGUAAUCAAGAGGUCUCAGUGAUGGCUGGUUCAGUUUCCUAGUCAAGUCAAAGACCGAUGAAUCAGGAUAGAACACAAACUAGAAGAAAGUUGGUUAUUUUAAGGGAAGAAUCACAGUUGAAAAUGCUUAAGAAAAGGUAUUUUACAAGAAGCAGAAAGAAUCAAGAAUGCAAUUAGUUCUUAAAGAACUAGAUGAAAUUCAUAGAAGAAUCUAUGGAAAAGAAUUAAACUUCUAGACUUAAGAUUUAGAAUCUUUCGAAAAGGCCUCUGCUUUUGAGCAUAAACUUGAAGAAAUGGGAAUUACCAACCCAACUAUAAUGUCAUUCUUAAAGGAAUAAUCUUAUGAGGAAAUGAUUGCUAGAAUGUUGCUGCAAAAAACAAAGUGCAUUAUCAGAUUAUAUGUUCUUGAAGGUUUCGAUUUUGCUUAAAGAGAUAUUGGUUCUUUCUCAGAUCCAUAUCUAGUUGUGAAAUGUGGUACUAAAAAAUUCAACGAGAGAAGUAAUUAUAUGCUAGAUGAGCCUAAUCCUAAAUUCCAUAAAAUGUAUGAAUUUGAUGCUGAAUUUCCAGGUUCUGCUCCACUAAUUAUCAAAGCCUACGACUAUGACGAUCUCUUUGGUGAUGAUUUGAUUGGUAAAACAGUCGUAGAUCUUGAUGAUAGAUUCUUCUGUCCUGAAUGGCAGCAGAUUGAGGAUAAGCCGAUUGAAUUUAGAUAACUUCAUCAUCCUAGUUCAGAUUGCUCUUAGGGUGUUAUCAAGCUAUGGGUUGAAAUUCUUGCUACAAAUAGUUCAAGGAAAGGAAACCCCAGAAAUUGGGAUGUGACACCAGAACCUAUUCUCGAAUAUGAGGUCAGACUUGUAGUCUAUGACACUAAAGAUACUCUUGUAAUGGAUGUUGAAGAUGUAAGCGAUGUUUUCAUUAAGGCCUAUAUUGAUGAUAAGGAUAGAAAAGAAACAGAUUGCCAUUACAGAUGUUAGAAGGGUGAAGCCUCUUUCAAUUAUAGAUUGCUCUUCAAUAUUAAAGCCCCGAGAGCAAAGUACGAUUUGACUUUAUAGACUUGGGACAGAGAUCUAUUCAAAUCAAAUGAUUUUAUUGGAGAAAUUUAAUUCCCCCUGCAGCAUGUUUUCUAAGAUGCUAUGGUUACCUAAUAACCAAUUAAUAUUACCAAGAAAUACUAUAACUCCUAUCUUAAAGAAUAAUUGGACAAGAUUGGAAAGGGUGAUGUUAUUAAGAAGUUUGAAGACGAUGAUUCAUUCUUCGUGGACACUUUUGACAAAGAUGGAAAAUCUGCUGGUCUAGUAAGAAUCGGUCUUGGCAUAUUCCCUGGAGAAAUGGCUAAAUCAAACCCAGUAGGAGGAGGAAGAUCAGAACCUAAUCAUUCUCCUUUCCUUCCUCCGCCAGUUGGAAGACUUACUUUUUCAUUAAAUCCUCUAACUCUUUUCUUAUAAUUUGUGGGACCAGAGAUGAGAAAGAAAGUUUACUUGUACUGCUGCUGUGCCAUUUGUAUAAUUCUUUGUGUUGCAUUAUUCCCAAUGAUUACAAGUAACUUAAUAUCAGCAGGUAUCAUGAGCAUAUUCUCUUCAAAGUGA